AUGCCGGUUCAAUCAUUAUUUCUUCUCUUACAUGCUUUUAGAUUUUAUUAACUUAGCUCUUCUGUUUGAUAUCUGAAUGAAUAUGGACGAAGAUCAGGAGUCGAAUGCUUCGGAAAAGUACCAGAUUUUUGUUAUUGAAGACUUUCAAUCUGACUCAAAUUCGAAUGUAGACGAUGAAUCAACAAGUACGAAAGCACCUUUCAAUUUCUUUUGUAUUACUACUCAUCUGAUGCUCACAAUGGUUUCUUGACAGUAAUUGACAUUCGAAUUCAGGAAGAGAUUAAUUUUUUCAUCCGUUCUUAAACACUGCAAAUUGUUUUUCGCAGACUUUGUGUCAUAUAUAGAAGAGGAAUAAUUGUUAAGUUGUUUGUUCUACAUUGACGUAUUUUUUUAUUCUAUUUUUUAGACGACAGUAAUGAUGUAACAACGGCCGCGUCUGUAAUGGUAGUAACUGAACAAAAUUAUAAGGAAUUAUUACAAUCAACAUUAGAUGAUGCUGAAUGUAUAAAUGCAUAUUGUGCUGGUGGUAAUUUUGAAUAUUUAUGUGAUCUACGGUUAGAUGGAUUUAACACAAUUGAUGGAAUUCUUCAUUUACCUCUUACUGAUGACAGUGCACAUUUAAUUAUUAACAAAUGUACACGGCCAACCAUAACGAAAGAUAUCGAAGAUGAUGCUUCACUGAUUGCUGAUAGAUGGGAAUUGUCACCAUCGUUUUUUUCCAUCAAUAAUCUAGAAUGGAAUUCAAAAUUAAUGGAAGACUUGAACUCAAAAAUACCAAUAGAUUUAGGUUUAAAUGAUGAAUGGAUUAAACAAAAUCAAUUGAAUAUCAACUUAACAAAAUUAGUCUUGUAUGGAAAAGGUUUGUGCUCAAAACCAUAUAAAAUAGAAGAUGAACAAAAUGGUGUAUUAGCAAAAUUAAUUGUGGUUCUACCAUCAACGUAUGAAGGUGGUCAGGAUUAUUUAAUUAAUAAAAAAGAAAAAUAUGUAUUUGAUUUUUCAAAAAAUAGCAAAAAUAGUCUACAUUAUAUUGUUUGUUUUAAUAAUUGUGAACAUGAAAUUCAUCGAGUAACAAAUGGUUAUAAAUUAACAUUAGUUUAUGAUAUUGAUUGUUCUUCAACACUAAUACCAACGAUGUAUUUGAAUCCAACACGAGUGGAUGAACAAUUAGUUCAACAAAUGAAUGAAAUAUUAUUAACUUGGCUUCGACACUCAAAUGGUGCAUCAAAAUUAAUCAUUCCAUUAACAGGUUUAUAUGCUAAAUCAGAUAUAUCUUCAUUAUCAUUAAAUAGUAAAGAUCGUGCAUACACAAAUUUAUUAUUAGAAUCUAUUAAACGUUUGCGUUUUUCAUCCGAUGUUUGUCAUCAUUUAUGGCCACAUGAUGAAUUUUUAUUAUAUUUUGGAACAUUGAAACAUGAACAAGAACUUUAUGAGGAUGGUGAUGUCAUGGAUGAUGAUAUGUUUGUUGAUAAUUUAAUACAACUAAAUGAAAUAGAAGAAAAAAUAUGUAAACAAGUAUGGCAAACAUUCAAAUCUAUCAAAAAAGUUGAUGUUAAUGAAGAAAUUGAAUUAAUUAAUCGAACAUUGUAUGAUCGUCUUGAUAGAACAUUUGAUCAUGAAAAUAUGGGAACGGGUAAUCAAAUAUUUUCUUAUCCAAAAAUUGGUGUUUUAAUGUUAGUACCGUAUCAUAGAAAAUAUGAAUUAUUAUUUGAUGAUGUACAAGAACUUUAUAAUAAACAAUUUGAUUUUUGUUGGACACUUCAACAUAAUUAUUCAUCAAAAUUAAAAUCAAUCAUAUUGAAAAAAGAAUGUCUUGAAUCAAUUGAUUGUUUAUUAAUGACAGAACAUAUGCUUGGAUGCAAUGUAACACCAAUAAUAAAUCGUUUAAUAACAUUAUUUAAAACAAAAACAGAAAAUAUAGAUGUUGAUCGUUCAGUUAUGGCUAUUAUACAACGUUUAAUUAAACAUCGUUGGUUUUCAAUAGAAUUAUUAAUAGAAGAACAUUUAGCAGACGAUAUUUUUGAACUUGGAAAUUUAAUUGGUUGGCAAAUCAUUGGAAUUGAUCUUUCUAAUUCAUUACAAAAAGCGGUUAAUCAUCCAAGAGGUGUAGCAUUCUUAAUAGCAUUUGUUUCACUAGUAAAUCAAACAAAACAACAACAACAACAACAAUCAACAAAGAAUGAUUUAUUUCAUUUAAUUAUGUGUAUGAUUAAUACAUUAUUAAAACAAAUAUUCAAACAAAAACAAAUAUUUGAAACAACACCAAUGAAAACAGUUUGUUCACUUUUAGAAUUACUUUCAUUAUUUGAUGACACAUAUUUAUUAUCAUUAAAUAUAAUAUCAAAACAAAUGAUUAAUUUUAUGAAUAAAUGUCAUAAACAAAAUGAUGAUAUAAUUCAGCGAUUUUUUGAACCAGCCUUUAUACCAUUAAUUAAAAAAUUAUGGUCAACAUUUUUCAAACAACAAAAUAUUCCUCGAUGGUUUAUUGAUUUAUAUGAAUAUUGUUUAUCUGUACUAAAUUAUGAAUGUAAUUUACCACCACCACCUUUAAAAAAAUGGCCAUUAGAUGAAUUAAAUAUUAAUUGUGAUUGUAAUUAUUGUCAACAAUUAUUAACAUUUCUUCUUGAUCAAAAUAAAAUUAAAACACAAUUUAUCAAGUCUCGUCGUUUUUGUUCACAAUUUGCUCGAACAAUUGAUCAAUUUUCGACAUUAUUAACACCGACAAUUCAACAUAAUGGUAGUGAACAACAAUUAGAAAUAACAAAACCAUUUGAUACAAAAAAACAGCGAGAAAAAUGUUUCAUGUUACGUGAUGGAAUAAUAGAAAUAAAUAUAACAAAAUAUAUUUAUGCAUUAACAACAAAUCCACGUAUAACAACAAUUGAUGAUAAUGACAAAUCGCCUAAACGAUUAAAAAUAAAUUAG